AUGUCUCAGUGCAAAGUCCACCCGCCUGGGCUUCGAGUCUCUCUAUCCCGCUGCUCUCUCACAAUCACGAUCUCGCUUGCUCGAUCACACAUUCGCAGAAGUUGCUUGAAUCGGGAAAGUCUCUUUCCGUUCAGAUCCCCCACCGUCUACAUCGUACACCCUUUCCGGAAACGUUAUUGCAUCUUUACAAUCCACGGCCGUACGCCGCAGCCGCGCUACGUCUCGACCCUGCAGACUCUCCUGGACCCCUUUCGCAACGUCCGUUGCCCGACUGAAAGCAGGUACUCACUACAUCGCAAGCGAAACAAGAUCUCUCAUCUUCGUACGAUGUUAACGAUAGUCAACGUACCUGCAUGGGUCUGGCCUUGUGUAGCCGCGACGCGGGACCACCAACGCAUCUGCCCAGGCGCAGCCGCCCAGCAAUGGGCUCCGUCUUCGACCGGAAGCAGCACCGGGACGAGCUCCGUCCCCUUGAUACCACUCCCAACCGCCACAACAAGCGCAAGAUCUCGACUACUUUGCCAUGGCGAGCCUUGUCUCACUCGCUUCAUCCGAGAGAUCGAGAACCUUGCCCGGAGAGGCGCGCAUCUCUACCCGCGCAGUCUAGAGCAUCACGACACUUGUCAAGAGAAUGCGCCCCUGCCCAGACGACUGAGUAAGGGCGCGAGACACUGGGCUGACAGAAUUUGA